AUGGCCUCUCGCAGCGCGGGCACCCUGCUGACCGAGUUCAAUGCUGCCUACGUGCCUCCUGCCCUCAUGCCCGGGUACAAAGGCCACGUUCCCAGCGUGGCCUUCUCUUUCGGCUCCACCUAUGGCACCUCCACUCUCAAGCACUUCCAGGACCACCGCGACGCAGCCCUGGAGAAGAGCCGCACUCCCCUCAGCAGAGGCGGCCACUUCCCGACUGUCUUCUCCCCCAACCCCGACCUCGUGCUGAGUAGCCGCUCCCACUCCCGGGCCCGCCAGCUGCACAGGCCCAGCUACACCCGCUUCAACCUGGACAGUGACCGCUCCACCGAGCUCACUGUCUUCUACCAGAUGGCACAGCAGCAUCGAAAUUACUAUCAAGACAAGACGGAAGUGGUACCCCGGGUCCCCUACUUCGUGCUGCCUGUGAGGGAGUGGGAUCGGUACCCCAUCCCCACCGACCUGCCUCCUCUGAGCCCGAAGGAUAAGUGGCAUCUUUUAAGAGUAUCCCCCGAGAACUUGAAGACCUACCAGACGUUCCCAUCGGGGAAGAGGGUCUCCUCACAGGAGCGGCAGAAGAGAGACUGUUACUUUGAGUUCAGAGCAUGA